GUCCGCGCCAUGGCCGCGCUCCCGGCGCCGCUGCUGCUGCUGCUGGUGCUGGGGGGCGUCCCCGGGACCCCCCAAAACUGCCCCAAAAACCCCCAGACCUGCCCCAAAAACUCGGCCGGGACCGACCCCGAGACCCUCCAAAGCUGCCCCGGAAAUGCCCCCGGGAACGCCGGGAUCGGCGCCGGGAUCGACCCCGGGAAUGAGCGGCUGCUGGUGCUCACGGUGGCCACCGAAGCCACCGACGGCUACCUGAGGUUCCUGCGCUCGGCCCAGGCCUUCAACUACAGCGUGCAGACCCUGGGCCUAGGCCGGGCGUGGCGGGGCGGGGACGUGGCGCGCCGCCCCGGGGGGGGACAGAAGGUUCGGUGGCUGUGAUGGGGAUUUCCUGUCUGUCACUUCCUGUUUCCUGUUUGGCCAUUUCCGGUUCCUGUUUCCUGUUU